AUGUCAAGUUCAAACAAUCAAGAAGCUCUUGAGCAAUUUAAAGUAAUAGCUGGCUUGGAAUCAGAUGAUUCUUCUAGUGACACCGAUGCCAAAAUUCACCGCCUACUAACAGUUCAUGAUCACGAUUUGAAUAAUGCCAUCUUGACAUACUUGGAAUCCGGGUUUGACACAGUUGAAUCGGCUCGAACACAUUUACAAAAUGACAUAGGCUCAAGUUCGGCGAUUGAUACGAGAGAGAUUGAGGAUAUAAAUGGUGGUGGAUAUCACGACAACGACGAUGGCGAUGACGAAGCCGUUGGUGAACUAAUACAUCGAUCAGCAUCAACAAGAACUAGGGGCGAGUAUGUCAAUUUGCAAAGCCAAAUGUUUCUCAACUCACUUAUGCCUCGAUUGCCUAAAGCGCCUCAAAUAUCGACGCGUUGGCAGUUGGACGUGGGCAUUCAUAGUUCUCUUAUUCAUGAACGUGAAGAGAAACAGAAACGAGAAUUGUACAGAGAGAAGGAAUCAGAUGAUGAAACAGUGGUGGAACAAAGUCGCAAAGUGAAAAGUGACACGUCAAGUAGUAGGUUAAGUACUAAUACUACCACCAAUACUGCUCGCAGCAGCUCUAUUUUGAACACCUUAUGGAUCAUCUUGUUGAUUAUACCCAAAAAUAUCCUUCUGGUGAUUAUCAGCUCUAUCAAAUUCUUUUUCGGUUUUGGCUGGAGUAGCAGUGAUGAAUAUGACAAUAAUUUUAAAUUUAAUCGACUGUUUGAUUUUGACAAGUUUCAUCCCGAUUAUUCAUACUUGUCGACAUUGAAAGAAAAGGAGGAACUGAAAGAGCAAGCCCAUGCAAUUGACUUGUACGAUAUAACCGAGUCAGGAUUCAACGAAUUGCACUCUCAUUGCCAAAAGGAAUAUGACUGGCUAUUGGUUGUCUUGACUAAUGACUCAAUUGAAAAUACCAAUUUUGUCAAUCGGUUACUCAAGAACUCCGUAUUCAAAAAGUCAUUCAACAGAGACACUGGAGAAUCCAAAUCAACAAAGUUGUAUUUUGCCAAUGUUGAUCAUUCACCAGAAGCUUGGGAAAUUGGACAAACAUAUAAAAUCAAGAAAACGCCAUAUGUAAUGCUUGUUGCUAAUGUGUCUGCUAGUCCUGAUGUCAUGGCAUCAAUGUCAAUUGUUUACAAAUCCAACUUGUCGAAACAAUUUAUUAUUGAUGACGAAUUGAAUGUGACUGUGAUGAAGAUUGCCAAGUAUUUGGCCAAGAAUAUCGACAAGUACAACCCUCAAUUAGUUGCAGCGAGGUACGAUAAACAAGAGACAGAUUUUGGUCGAUUGAUUAGACAACAACAAGAUGAUGCAUACACUCAAUCAUUAUUAAAAGACAAAUUGAAGAAGCAAAAACGUGAUGAAGAAUUGCGCUUGAAACAGGAGGCGGAAAACUUGAUCAAGUUAAGACGCUGGUUUUUAUUCAAUUUGAUCAAAGACAACCACAUUGAUAGCUUAACUGAUGGUACCAAUGACUCACUCUUACGUGUGGCUGUUAAACUACCCAGUGGUAAACGAUUGAUUGAACAAUUUAACAAGUCAAUAUCGAUACUGCAAUUUUUCAUCUACAUCGAACUCAAGUUAUUCAUUGAGGAAAUGACAUUGGAAUUGAAUCAUGCUAAUGAAAAUUGGUUACAAGAUGAAGCAAUGAUUGAUGAAUUGAUCACUGAAUUGGAGCUGGACUUAUCCAAGGAAUGCAGAUGUAAAUUCGAUGAUGUGCAACAUUAUUAUACGGAAAAUCCAUUUAAAUUUGAAGUUGUGCAACCAUAUCCUAAAAAAAUCAUUUUUUGUGAUUCAAAUUUGACUAUUGGACAAGUGCCUGAAUUCAAAGGUGCUAAUUUCUUAGUUGAACAUAUAGUGGAAGAAGAGGAUGAUGAAGAAGACAAUGGAGAUGAAGACGAAGAUGCUGAAAAGGACUGA